GCGCUCCGCGGGCGGCCCCCGCCCCGGCCGCCGGGCCGCGAGCCCGCUCCCCGGCUGCCGCCCGCGGAUGCCGCGGCCGCGGCGCGGGCGCGGCUUGCGCGGUGGCGGCCGCAGGGCAGCGCGCGGGGAGGCGCACGCUCGUCGCGGUGCGUGACCCCCCGACCCCCUGGCCAUGGGCGCCGUCUUCGGCUCGGAGUCCCACCUCGAGUCCGUGCUCGAGGGCGUGGGCGUCGACAGGAGGAAGGAGCUGCUGGCGCACCUGGAGGCCAUGGAUCGUCGGAAGAUCAGGCUGCGGCACGUCGCGGUGUGGCGGGAGGCGUUCUUGGGCGGCACCAUCGACCAUCACACCCUGGUCUACGAGUAUCUGAGCCAGGGUUACCAGAUGAGCCUCAAGAUAGACUGGGGCCGCGAGGGCGUCACCUUCAAGGACAGCUCGGACGACCCGUGCCCGAAAGGCGACAUCAUCCACAGGAAGUGGUGCCGGCUCAGACCAGGCCAGCUCCGGGACCAGCUCCUGGCCGUGCUGGACCCGGGCGGCGGUGCGCCGACAGUUGGAACUGCCAGCAUUUCUCCGACCACUUCUUCCUGAUCGCGACGGAGCCGCCUCCGCAAGCCGAGGUCGCGCCCUGUCGUGGUGAUAGGCGCGCAGCCGCCGCCCGAGACAGGCUGAGGGGCCUCCGCCGGGCGCCCGCGCGGCGCGUGCUCGCGCGCGACCGCCGCCGUGGCCCUCGAGGGAGCGCCGCAAGAGCUCGCAGGCGGUGGCUCGCCGCCCAGUCCGCGUCGACUUCGAUAUGCGCUCCGAACUGCCCGCCGAUUCCUGAGUUCAGUCAAACCGCGCAGUGAGAAUGAGCGAAUUUUGCCGCUUCCCUGGCCGAGCCCCGCUCGCAGAGUUUCGGCAUGCCCUUCCGAGGCCCUUGCAUCCUCAUCGUGCG